CCACAAGCCACUGUUAUGCCAACGAGUGACGCUAGUUUCGAUUUGCUUGGAGUAUUCGGGGAUAAUUCAUCUGGCAUUGGCUCGGCUCCAAUACCUGAUAUUUUAGAAAUUAAUGUACAACCAACUUCAAAUGCCAACCUUGAUGAUAUCUUCGGCUCAGUUGCUUCAUCGGCGACGAAAAUCAACCUGGAGUUUGAUAGUUUUUCUGUACACCAGCCGACACCAACUAGUGCAAACACUUCAGCGACGACUAAAGUAACCCCAACCUGGUGUACUGGUGUGUGUCGCGUCAGUCUCAGCAAAAUAGUCUUGCAUCAACAACCAGAGCUCAGUACGUCAUAGUUAUUUUUCUUCUCUGUUUUUGGAAGCUAGUGCAAUGAGGUAUAGUUUUAAUAAACAUUUAUUCGAUUUGAAAUUUUUACUACUAUAGUCUUUAUUUUGCAGUAUAUUAUAUACAUAUAUUUGCAGUAUAUUAUAUUUUCAUUGAUCCGCUUAGUUAAGUUUAACUAUAACGAAGCAAAAUGAUGUGUAAAACCAAGUAAUUGCUUUUAAAUCUAAGUAAAAAAAUAUACAAUUUAAAUGACAAUUAUUAAAAAGAUACAUGCAUACAUAUAUACGUUAAGAACAUAAAUAUAUAUAGGAUAUAAAAUUUUAAUCUCUUUGUCAACUUAAUUGCGGCCCUGAAAAGGGCCUCUUGUUGAUUGGUAUAUAUGUAUUUAUCUAAGCAUAAAAUUUUAAUCUCUUUGUUAAUUAAUUGGCGGCCCUGAAAAGGGCCUUUGUAUAAAUCAUAUUACUUGCCUGCAAAUAAAUAAGUUUAUAUUUGUAUAAAA